AUGGAAGGAAACCAAGGGGGCACCCAUGAAGGCAGUAUCCCUCUCAGCAUGUCUCAGAACACUGAGUCCUCCAGGUAUUUUGAGUAUCCAGGCAGCAAGCCUUUCAUCAACUCAGACUAUAUGAAUGCAGGCAGACCAGUAGAUACUCAUCCAACAAGUAACAGAGAUGCUAUCAUAACUGCAUUAAGAAACCUGCAGGAUAAAAUCAAAGAGCUGGAAAUAGAAAGGACAACAGCAGAAAAGAGUCUGCAGACCUUGGCAUCAGAAACUGGACCACAAACAGUUCCACAUGAGAAAAAACUGGCACAGAGUAAACGGACCCUUCAAGACAAGCAGACAGAUGAUCAUGGAGACAAGUUUUUAACCCAGACCAGAAAAUUGGAAGGCCAACUGUCCUCUUCAGAGCGCCGAUGUCAAGGCUUAGAAGAUCAGCUUAGUCAGAUGAGGAAAAUGGUGGAGAAUUCCCAGAGAAAUCAACAGAACUUGCUGGAACAAGUCGGGAAGUCAAGGCAGGAAAAGGAUGUAAAUGGAGCUGAGAUUAAACAGCAUAUGGACAGACUGAAUGAGCUGGAGAAGGAUCAGAUGAGGCUGACAACAACUCAGACAAUAGCAGAGUCUAAGAUAAGAGACCUUGAGAAAAAGAUCAAAGAGGAAAAUAUGCACAGAAAAACAUUAGAAGAAAAAACACAACAGAUGCCAACCAGCCAUCAAAUGCCAACCAGUUACCAGAUGCCAACCAGCUAUCAAAUGCCGACUAUGCCCACACAAAAAAGUGUUAAGGCAGUGCCCACUCAGACACUGAAGACAAAGAAACCAACAAAGAAGAAGAAAAAGGUUGCCCGAGGUGGUGAUCCUGCUGUGGGGAUUUGUAGAGGACAACCUAUGAGACAUUACAGACUCAAUUUGGCAGAGAUCCCUUUUGUGGCUGGGAAGUCUACAGGUCCUAGCCAUGCUUUAGGAGCCAAUGUACAAAAAGUCCUGGCCAUGAUGAAACAACACAAUGCUGCCCUUUGCUCGCACGUGCCAUCAGCUGGAGAUGUUCAAAGAUCAGAGAGUGCCUCUUCAACUGCUUCAAGUGCAGCAAGUGUUGAUCAUGAUCUAAGUGACCUUAUGAUUCAGUUACAAGAUGAAUUUGGACAUUUGUGCAGCAAGCACCAGGAGCUUGUGGAUCAGCUGCAGGUGACCAAAGAUCCGGGGGUCAAGAGAAUGUUGGAGGAAGAGCUGGACAGUCUCGUACAGAGUAUGAAAAUUAAAAGUCAGCAGAUAUCAAGGAUCAGGCACCACCACAAAAAGGUGGAUGAAAUCAAAAAGAUUCAACCACAACCAGUGAAAAGGAGUGAAAAAUCAAAAAGACCUCAAUCAGCACCCGUAAAACAUAGCCAAUACCAUGCUCAUACUAGUAACAUAGCCAAACCAAAACCUCAUAGUUGUAACAAGCCAAUCGGGCAGUCUGCACUGGGUAAACCUGCACUGUUCAUGCUCAGGGAUAUGAAACAGAUACAGAAAACUCUCAAAAAGGAUGACGUGUGUUGGGAUUAG